AUGGCGCAGACUCAAAACACGCUUGAGAUCAAGGGCGACAUUGCGCAUAGGCUCGAGGCCAACGGUGCCUUGGAUCAGAUUCGGGCACAGAUGCGGGCAAACUUCUACUGCGCCUUGCUGGGUGAACAGGACGAGACGAAUACCCCGGUCGAGCAAGAAGAGGAAGCACCCGAGGCUCCGCAGAGCAUGAUGUCCCUUGUCCAUGAUUUUCUGGAAAACUGGGAGCUCAGCAUGACCAGGGAGGUCUUCCUGCGAGAAACGACGGUGCAGCCUCUUCGACGGGAAGAUUUAGUGAAAGAGUUUGCGUCAAUGACCUUAGAUGCUCCAAGUGGGAGCGAGGCAGUCCUCGAGCAGGUACUUGCAUCUGCAAGACGCCAGCGGAGGUCGGCUGUCCCCGAGGCUAUUCCUGAGGAGCAGUGCAGAUGA